GACGAAUGUCGGUAAGCUCUCUACGAUCAUCUGUUACAAACACGAGAAAUUGUAACUCUUACGUUGUACUUCCGACUUUCAUCAUCUUAAAAGCGGCAUCAUCCAAUCCCCAACUAUGACUGCAAAAAAGAUGAAUGAAAAAAUGGUGUUCUACUUUCC